AUGAUACUCGUCUAUAUUCCCCUGAUGAUACUACUCUACAUUCCCCUGAAGAUGCUCCUCUACAUUCCCCUGAUGAUACUCUUCUACAUUCCCCUGAUGAUGCUCCUCUACAUUCCCCUGAUGAUACUCUUCUACAUUCCCCUGUUGAUACUCCUCUACAUUCCCCUGAUGAUACUCCUCUACAUUCCCCUGAUGAUACCCCUCUACAACAUUCCCCCUAUGAUAUACCCCUCUACAUUCCCCUUUUGCAUGCCUCCCGCUACAUUCCCGCAGUUGAAGCUCCUCUACAUUCCCCUGUUGAUGCUCCUCUACAUUCCCCUGUUGAUACUCCUCUACAUUCCCCUGUUGAUGACUCCUCUACAUUCCCCUGUUGAUACUCCUCUACAUUCCCCUGUUGAUACUCCUCUACAUUCCCCUGAUGAUAGCUCCUCUACAUUCCCCUGAUGAUGCUCCUCUACAUUCCCCUGAUGAUACUCCUCUACAUUCCCCUGUUGAUGCUCCUCUACAUUCCCCUGUUGAUACUCCUCUACAUUCCCCUGAAGAUACUCCCUCCACAUUCCCCUGAAGAUACCCCUCUACUUCCCCUGUUGAUACUCCCCAUUCCCCCUUGUUGA